AUGGACACAGCACAUGACUCUGAAUGGAAUGCAGCACAGAGUAUCUUUAUCAGUGAAGAUCUUUUGGCUGCUGCUAAACUUCAGCUGCAAUUUCUUGCAGUUGUAGACAGAAACCGUUGGCUUUAUGAAGGCCAAACAUUGCAAUGGGCAAUCUAUAGACUUAAUCCGGUUAGAUACAAAUCAGAUUGUGAAGAAUUCUACGGAAGGAUUCUUGACAACUCUAAUGUUGCUUCUAUCAAUCAAGAAACAUCAAGAAAGGAAACAGAAGAAACAUGGAACAAAUUAUACCCUAAUGAACCCUAUGAGUAUGACAUGUCACGUGAAUUUUCAGAAACUUUAUAUAAUGGAGAAACUCAAAGCUUUUCAAAAUAUGAUUUUGUUUUAGCUGUUGAAAGACAAAGCCCAUUCUUUUACCAGGUGUCAAGGCCUCAUUUCAAGAAAGAUCUUUUCCUUCAAGAAGCUGUAGCAAGAUACAAAGGUUUUCUACAUCUCAUAAGGAGAAACAGGGAAAGAUCAUUGAAACGUUUUUGUGUUCCAACUUAUGAUGUUGACUUAAUUUGGCAUACACACCAGUUACACCCUCUUUCCUACUGUAAAGAUAUGGUGGAAUUACUCGGGAAGAUUCUAGAACAUGAUGACACAGAUCAAAACAGAUCAAAAGGUCAGAAAUUGGACACAGGGUUUUCUGAUACAACAAAACAAUGGGAGGAAACAUUUGGGUUAAGAUAUUGGAGAGCAGGGGCAAUGUAUAGAGGCGGUGCUCCUUCUCCAAUCACCACCACUCCUUGCAUACCUGACCCCACCACCCCUACCCCUAGUGGUGAUGCUGACUCAGCAAAUGGGCUUCAAAGGUUGAUUCAUCUUCCUAAAACAAAUUACAUCGAGAUUCUUUUAGAGUUUGUAGAAAUCAAGAACUUACCAGAAACAGAAAAGGGAAAAGUGAAUGUGAUAUUUAGUAAAUCACAUUCAGAUGGAAUUUUCAAUUCUAAAAAGAAACUCACAAUCCAAUCUGAAUCGGGUCAAAAACAGGUUGCCAUAUUUCAAUGUGAACCAAAUGGAUAUUUAUUGUUUGAACAUUUGUCCACAUCAAAAAAACCGAAUUCUUUAGGUUCUUGUUUUAUCUCUUUGGAAGAAUUUCAUGGGAAAGUUUCAGUGGAAAAAUGGUUGGAUUUGGAUUUGAAUUUGGUUGGAUCUGAACCGAUUCAGUUGAAAGUUGCAGCCUCGUGUACAUUUCCAAUUCUAGCCCCACAUGUUGUUCAGAUGUUGUUACAUUCUUCUCCUUUUCAAAAAAGUUGUUACUCUUUUUCAUGUGUGACACGAUUUCACAAGAAUUGGAUGUGGAUUGUGGAUGCAUAUGGUGAUGAGAUCAUUAGGCUUCAAUUGAGGGACAUGAAAAAAACAAAAGGUAGGGAGAUAGUUGGCUUCACAAGAGCAGAAGAAACACUUGUUGUAGGUCAAUUUCUAGGGCAAAAGUGGUCUCUCAUGGAUUCUUUAUGGUCUCUUACGUUUCCCGAAACAAAAGAUUCACACUUCCUUCUCACUGGCCCACACAUGGUGAAACUAGUUUAUGGUAGAAAGCUGGAUUAUGAACCGAAACACAAUAAUGAUAAACGAACAAAGGAAAACGAUUUCAUGACAGCAGUCGAGUUCUCUGCGGAGUACCCAUACGGGAAAGCAGUAGCAAUGUUUGACCUAAAAUCUGGAGUUUUGAUGUUGCAAGAAGAAUGGUUUGCAUUGCCGGGAAUGUUGUCGGCAUUUAUCGUGUGUAAAGGAAGGACAUAAUGGUCUUUUAUUAUGACUUUUAGGGACAUGGAUGUACAGAAAAGAGUUUGAAACAAUAAGCAGUGGGGUACAUAAAGUUUGAUCAAAAUUUGUUUGAAUUGUAUUUUCUUUUGUAAAUAACUGAAGUUUAAAACUAACAUGUGAAGAUCUACGUACUAGUAAUUAAAAAUAAAUCCAUC